AGUGCUGCUGAGAUCAUGUCUGUGCUGUUCUUCCACACGAUGAGGUAUAAACAAUCAGACCCGGAGAACCCGAACAAUGACCGAUUCAUCCUCUCAAGGGGCUAUGCUGCUCCCAUCCUCUGGGCUGCCUGGACAGAGGCGGGCCACCUCAGUGGAUCCAACUUGCUGAGCCUGAGGAAAAGUGUGUAUGAUUUGGAAGGAUAUCCUGUCCCUUCUCUCUCACAGAGACUGUCAUUUGUUGAUGUGGCAACAGGAUGGCUCGGACAGGGACUGGGGGCCGCAUGCGGCAUGGCAUAUACUGGCAAGUACUUCGACAAGGCCAGCUACCGGGUGUUCUGCCUCAUGGGAGAUAGCGAGUCCUCAGAAGGCUCCAUCUGGGAAGCAUUGGCUUUUGCAUCCUACUAUGGUCUGGACAAUCUCGUGGCAAUCUUUGAUGUGAACCGCCUGGGACACAGUGGCGCCUUGCCUGCUGAGCACUGCAUAGAUAUCUAUCAGAAGCGCUGUGAAGCCUUUGGGUGGAAUACUUUCGUGGUGGAUGGCCGUGAUGUGGAGGCGCUGUGCCAGGUGUUCUGGCAGGCAGCUCAAGUGAAGAGCAAGCCCACUGCUGUGGUUGCCAAGACCUUCAAGGGCCGCGGCUUACCAAACGUUGAGGAUGCAGAAAAUUGGUAUGGAAAGCCAGUGGCAAAAGAAAGAGCAGAUGCCAUUAUCAAAUUAAUUGAGAGCCAGAUACAGACCAACAAGAAUCCUGUACCAAAACCCCCUAUUGAGGAUUCACCUCAAAUCAGCAUCAUGGGUAUAGAAAUGAUCUCUCCACCUGCUUACAAAGUUGGUGACAAGAUGGCUACUCUGAAAGCAUGUGCUUUUGGUCUGGCUAAGCUGGGCCAUGCAAAUGACAGAGUCAUUGUGCUGGAUGGUGACACCAAGAACGCUACUUUCUCUGAGAUAUUCAAGAAAGAGUACCCUGAGCGGUUCAUCAAGUGUUUUAUUGCUGAGCAAAACACAGUGAGCAUGGCACUGGGCUGUGCCACCCGUGGUCGGACCAUUGCUUUUGCUAACACUUUUGGUGCCUUUUUGACCCGAGCAUUUGAUCAGAUCCGGAUGGGAGUCAUCUCUCAAACCAACGUCAACCUCAUUGGUUCCCACUGUGGAGUAUCUGUCGGUGAAGACAGCCCGUCCCAGAUGGCACUGGAGGAUAUGGCCAUGUUCCGAGCCAUUCCCAACUGCAUUAUUUUCUAUCCAAGUGAUGCUGUCUCAAUGGAGCACGCUCUUUAUCUGGCGGCCAAUGCCAAGGGAAUGUGCUUCAUUCGGACCACCCGCCCCAAGACGGCAGUUAUUUACAACCCACGAGAAACCUUUGAGAUCGGACAGGCCAAGGUUGUCCGCCACAGUGACAACGACAAAGUCACAGUUAUUGGAGCUGGAGUUACUCUGCACGAAGCCUUAGCAGCUGCUGAUGAUCUUUCUAAACAAGAUAUUUCUAUCCGUGUCAUCGACCUGUUUACCAUCAAACCCCUGGAUGCUGCCACCAUCAUUUCCAAUGCAAAAGCCACAGGCGGCCGGGUCAUCACAGUGGAGGAUCAUUACCCAGAAGGCGGCAUUGGGGAAGCUGUGUGUGCAGCCGUCUCCAAGGAGCCUGACAUCCUGGUUCAUCAGCUGGCGGUGUCAGGAGUGCCUCGUAAUGGGAAGCCGGAUGAGCUGCUGGAUAUGUUUGGAAUCAGUGCCAGACACAUUACCGCGGCCGUGAAACGCAUUGUAAUAAACUGAAAUGUUUACCUUACAUCUAUUCUUGUUCCAAAACCAUCAUUUGUAAACACAUACUGUUUUGUUCUUUUCAAAAGCAAAGCCAGGUAACACCUUUCUUCAUUCCUAAUUCAGAAAUUCAAGUUAACUACUUUUCUUUUAAACUGUAACUGCAUAUACAAAUGUUAUCAUUUUCUUAUCAUUAG